AUGGUUUCCGGCUUGGAAGAAGCGUUGGAGCACAGUGGUGGCCAUGGCCGAAUAGCAGAAGGUGUCUCGAUUUCCACUUUUUUGGCCUCGCUGGCGACGGCCAUUGUGGUUUUUGUUGUUGAAUUUUUGCUCUUCCUCCUAUUAAAAGGCAAACUCACACGCAUAUACCAACCGCGAACGUAUUUGGUACCAGACAGAGAACGGACCAAACCAUCUCCGCCAGGCCUAUUCCACUGGAUUGGCCCUGUUUUCCGUACCUCCAGCUCCGAAUUCAUCCAGAAAUGUGGGCUAGAUGCAUACUUCUUCCUGCGCUAUCUACGCAUGCUGCUAAAGAUCUUCCUCCCCAUGGGACUUCUGAUUCUUCCAGUUCUGCUUCCCCUCAACCGCGCCGGCGGUAAAGGUACAUCUUUCAAGAAUGGCACUGCUGGUGAUCGAUGGGCUGUUACUGGCCUGGACCAAUUGGCAUGGGGAAAUGUCACACCUCAACACACGAACCGGUAUUGGGCUCAUUUGGUGAUGGCUAUCAUUGUCAUCAUUUACGUUUGUGCGGUCUUCUUUGAUGAGCUUCGGGGCUUUAUUCGCCUACGCCAGGCCUACCUGACCUCUCCCCAACAUCGACUCCGUGCUUCUGCGACCACCGUGCUGGUCACAUCUAUCCCGCCAGAUUGGCUUGAUAUGGAGGCUCUUGAUAGACUGUUCGAUGUCUUCCCAGGAGGCGUCAGAAAUAUCUGGAUUAAUCGGAAUUUCGAUGACCUGAAUGAAAAAGUGAAGGAGCGAAACAAACUUGCCCUCAAACUUGAAAGUGCCGAAACAGAUCUGAUAUCGAAAUGCAAAGAGGCACACCUCAAGAAGGUAAAAGCCGAGGCAAAGAAAGCCGGAAAGAGUUCAACACGUGCGGAAAAACAAGAGAAAAAGGCAGCAGAAAAACGUGCCUCUAAGAUCGCCAUGGGCCCCGGUGUCAGCACCGGAAAUCCUUACGACGCCCAUACACUACAAGAAAUGCUCCACGGACCAGCAGACGGAAACACUAAAAGAUCUGAGGAUAGACCUCGACGAACAUUUGACCCUGCGUUUGCAGCCGCUGGAGCAGUUGGGCAAGGCGUGGGGAAACUGGGCAAAUCUAUGCUUGGAGGUUUCAAAAAAGCCGAGAAUGGUUUUGAGGGAACUUUGACGCAAACCCGGGGCUUCGUUGCCACCACAGACGACAUGAUUCCUCCCCGUGGGCAAUCCCCUCAGGGCACCGAUCGUGCUGCCUCUGUUAAUAAGACUUCCGGGGAGUCUCUUCGAUCCCAGCAGCUGCCAGAAACCCUCGAACCAGGCCGUAGCGACGCCAACUCCCGUGAUAAAGCAUCUUCAUCAAAUCCACCAUUUUGGAGACGAAUGUCAUCUCAUACGAAAUCCCAGGGUACGCCGGAACCCGAUGAAUUUCCACUGACUGCACCUGAGACUCCUGCUACCGAUGCACAUACCCAUGGUUCUACCGAGGCCGCUAACGACGAAAAAGAUAAAUCAGAUAUCAAGAAAGAAGGGGACAAAGUGGAAGGGGAAGAAUACCCUGUCGCCUACAACGAAGACUUCAAUAAUGAGGAUUACGGAGAACCACUGUGGAAGGAAUACAUUCGACCCAAGGAUCGGGAUACUAUGCGUCUGCCCAUUUUUGGCUGGGGUUGGAUGCCGUCCAUCUGGCUCCUUGGCAAAAAGGUUGACACCAUCGAUUAUUGCCGCAAAGAGCUCGCUCGUCUGAACCUGGAAAUCGAAAUCGACCAACAGCAUCCUGAGAGAUUUCCUCUAAUGAACUCGGCUUUCGUUCAAUUCAAUCACCAGGUUGCUGCCCACAUGGCCUGUCAGGCCGUCAGCCAUCACCUUCCGAAGCAGAUGGCACCUCGAGUCGUCGAGAUCUCCCCUGACGAUGUCAUUUGGGAUAACAUGUCCAUCAAAUGGUGGGAACGCUAUCUUCGUACUUUUGGUAUUAUCACACUGGUGUGUGCAAUGGUUGUUGGAUGGGCCUUCCCGGUUGCUUUCACUGGUCUACUCUCACAACUGUCAUACCUUGAGGGUGCAUUCUCAUGGUUGGCUUGGCUUGGCAAACUACCGGACUGGUUCAUUUCAGCUAUCCAGGGUAUUCUUCCCGCGCUGUGUUUGGCGAUCCUGAUGGCGCUUCUCCCUCUCACUCUCCGCUUCCUGAGUCGUACGCAGGGUCUCUUCACAGGCAUGUCCGUCGAACUCACUGUACAAAACUAUUACUUUGCCUUCCUGUUUGUACAGCUGUUCUUGGUUGUUACAAUCGCUUCAAGUUUCUCAACAGUCAUCGAGAAUAUCACUGACGUGACGAGCUGGCCGGAACUUUUGGCUUCGAACAUCCCCAAGUCUAGUAACUACUUCUUCUCUUACAUGAUUCUGCAAGCUAUGUCUGUGAGCGCUGGUGCUCUUGUGCAAAUCUUUGGCCUGGUAAGCUGGUUCAUUCUGGCGCCCAUUUUGGAUUCAACUGCCCGGAAGAAGUGGGCUCGAACGACCAAUCUCAAUCAGAUGCAAUGGGGCACAUUCUUCCCGGUCUAUACCACACUGGCCUCCAUUGGGUUGAUCUACUGUGUGAUCGCACCUUUGAUUCUGGUUUUCAACAUCAUCACCUUCAGCCUUUUCUGGUUUGUCUAUCGCUAUAACACACUCUAUGUCACCAAAUUCCGCUUCGACACUGGCGGUCUUCUUUUCCCUAAAGCUAUCAAUCAAUUGUUUACCGGGUUGUAUGUGAUGGAGGUCUGUUUGAUUGGCUUGUUCUUCUUGGUUCGGGAUGAAAAGGAUAAAGUUGCUUGCAAAGGCCAGGCUAUCUGCAUGAUCGUGAUCCUUGUCUUGACCGUUGGAUAUCAACUCCUUCUCAAUAACGCCUUCAAUCCGCUGAUUCGUUAUCUACCGAUCACAUUGGAAGAAGCCGCUAUCAAGCGCGACGAUGAGUUCCGCCGUGCUCAGCACGCUCGCCUCGGACUUGCCAUUGAUGACGACGAGGCUGAUGAUGUUGAACACGCCCUCAAAGAAGAGGAACGCCGAGAGCAACAGCAAGGACAAGAUGCUCGGGAUAUCGAGCUGAAACCUUUGGAGACCAACGGCCUGAAUCAGAAGCGACAGGAUUCUGGCAGCCUUUUGUCAACACCCAAGCUUGAGCACAAACGUCCAUCAUGGGCAACCAAUGCAUCAAGGCGACGAUCUAAAUACUUCGGGCUUAACUCCCCAAACUCAACGCCAACCAUUCGAGCUAUGCGUGAGAAGAUGGCUCUCGAUACCGAAAAUCAGGGACCAGCCCCAAACACACUUGGCCAAGCUCUCUUUGCUGGUAUCCAUGAUGAACUGGAAGAUCUCACGCCUGACGAACGUGAUCAGCUGGUCCAGCGUGCCUUCCAACAUGAAGCACUUCGCGCGAAGCGGCCAGUCAUCUGGAUUCCGCGUGACGAUCUAGGUGUGAGUGACGACGAGGUCUAUCGUACCCAGCGGUUCAGUAAAUACGUCUGGGUCAGUAACGAAUACCAGGCGCUGGACGCCAAGUGUCGGACGAUAUUCAGUCGCAGUCCUCCAGAUUUCUCAGAGGUGGAUUUGAUUCAACUUUGA